AUGCAUAACAACCGCCCUCAUCACCUCCUCGAGCAGGUGCCGCUCACCGUUUCGCCUUUCGUUUCGCUCCCGACUGCUACUACGCUUUCAUACAACUACAAAACCAUGCCCUCUACUAUCCCGACCUCGUCGCUUGGCGUCGCCACCGCAUCAGACGACCCCUCGUCGCAACCGAAGCCCAAAUACAUAAUCUCUUCAUCAGGCCACGCAGCGCACCCAGACGACAUCAUAGCAUCAUGUCGGGCGCUCCAGGCACACAUCACAAAAAUGCAGGAGGAUGCGGAGCGGGAGCUGCGCGAGUUCCAGGAGCGCAUCGACGACAGGGAGCUGGCAGAGAAGCGGAGGGUCGCGCCCGGCUGGCUAGACAGCGACGCCAGGAUGCUCGAGCCCGAGAAGGCUGGGGGCGACCAGACCCUGAUGGACAACGAGUCGGAGGAGCAGAAGGCCGUGACGGGCCAGCAGGCGGCGGUCGCGGACGAGGGGGCAGCACUGGAUCGAGCAUUUGGGGGCAUGGCGUUGAAAUAA